CGUAGACAGGGGCCUCGACAUGCCGCCCACCACCAACCCUUCUUCAACCUCUGACCCCCAAGAUUAGCUAGCCUGCUAAUCCGGCCUAUAAGACUCCCCCUCCAUUCCCCCAUUCUUCCCCACGCAAGCAUCAAGGGCACGAAUAAGCAAUCCCAGCUUUGCCAAUAAGCCCUUGUGCUUCCUCAUCUCCCUCUUUCGACUUUCUCAGGUCAUGGAGAUGAAGAAGAUUGCCUGCGCCGUCCUCAUCGCCGCAUCGGCGACCGUUGCCCUCGCUGCCGAUGGUCCGGCCCUUGCCCCGGCGGGAGCCCCGGCGGCGGGAGCCUCCGCAGCAACCGGCGCCUUCCCGGCCGUCGGCGCGGUGCUCGGCGCCUCCGUACUCUCCUUCUUGUCUUACUACAUGCAGUAAGUAAGCGAAGGAAGAUACGUGCACCUGGAGGAGGAUGAAGAGGACAAAUGCUGCUGGUGCUUCCUGUAUUUCGUUAAUUUGAUGUGUGUCGGUUUUCGUUUUUGUGAUACAUGUAUCUUUUAUUUGGUUUGAAACUGGAUUACUUGACCAUAUGUUGGUUGAUCCAUUCAUUUCAUUAAUGGAAAUUUUCACUCUUCGUUCAUUUGAUUGCCUUUUCUUACCGUCGUGAAUUGAUCUCUAACUUUACUAUGUAUAAACGAUGUGAGAUUUUUUGUAUGA